AUGGCCGACGACGCCCUUUCCAUUUACGACGAGAUCGAGAUUGAAGACAUGACCUUCGACCCGGCCCUGCAGAUCUACACCUUCCCCUGCCCAUGCGGCGACCGCUUCGAAAUUGCGAUCGACGACCUGCGCGAUGGAGAGGAGAUUGCGGUGUGUCCGAGCUGCAGUUUGAUGAUUAAGGUUAUCUUUGACCUGGCUGAUCUUCCCAAGGCGGAUAACGCGCAGAAUGCGGGCACUGUUGCUGUCCAGGCUUGA